CACCUCCUCUUCCACCCCUGCCAGGCCCAGCAGCCACCACAGCGCCUGCUUCCUCAGCCCUGAAAUCAUGCCCCUAGGUCUCCUGUGGCUGGGCCUAGCCCUGUUGGGGGCUCUGCAUGCCCAGGCCCAGGACUCCACCUCAGACCUGAUCCCGGCCCCACCUCUGAGCAAGGUCCCUCUGCAGCGGAACUUCCAGGACAACCAGUUCCAGGGGAAGUGGUAUGUGGUAGGCCUGGCAGGGAAUGCAAUUCGCAGAGAAGACAAAGACCCGAUGUAUGCCACCAUCUAUGAGCUGAAAGAAGACAAGAGCUACAACGUCACCUCCAUCCUGUUCAGGAAAAAGAAGUGUGACUACUGGAUCCGGACUUUUGUUCCAGGUUCCCAGCCCGGAGAGUUCACACUGGGCAACGCUAAGAGUUACCCUGGAUUAACGAGUUACCUCGUCCGAGUGGUGAGCACCAACUACAACCAGUAUGCCAUGGUGUUCUUCAAGAAAGUUUCUCAAAACACGGAGUACUUCAAGAUCACCCUCUAUGGGAGAACCAAGGAGCUGACUUCGGAACUAAAGGAGAACUUCAUCCGCUUCUCCAAAUCUCUGGGCCUCCCUGAAAACCACAUCGUCUUCCCUGUCCCAAUCGACCAGUGUAUCGACGGCUGAGUGCACGGGUGCCACCAGCUGCUGCACCAGCCCGAACACCAUUGAGGGAGCUGGGAGACCCUCCCCACAGUGCCACCCACCCAGCUAAUCCCCAGGCCACCCCGCUGAUGGAACCCCACCUUGUCUGCUAAAUAAACAUGUGCCCCCAGGCC